AUGGAUAAGAGCGAUCUGGUACAGAAUGCCAAGCUUGCUGAGCAGGCUGAGCGCUAUGAUGAUAUGGCUGCAGCCAUGAAGAGCGUGACGGAGCAAAGUACGGAGCUGUCAAACGAGGAGCGUAACCUUCUCUCUGUUGCCUAUAAGAAUGUGGUCGGGGCGCGCCGCUCAUCCUGGCGCGUCAUCUCCAGCAUUGAGCAGAAGAUCGAAGGCAAUGACAAGAAGAAGCAGAUGGCACGCGAAUAUCGGGAGAAGAUCGAAUCGGAGCUGCAGGAAAUCUGCCACGAUGUGCUUGGGCUACUGGACAAGUACCUCAUUGUGAAUGCUGGUAGUUCUGAAGGCAAAGUGUUCUAUCUGAAAAUGAAAGGUGACUAUUAUAGAUACCUGUCUGAGGUUGCAUCUGGGGACGCUAAGAAAGAUACAGUGGACAAUUCCCAGCAAGCUUACCAGCAAGCUUUCGACAUUAGCAAGGGAGAUAUGCAGCCAACCCACCCCAUUAGGCUUGGCCUUGCCCUCAACUUCUCUGUCUUCUAUUAUGAGAUCCAGAACAACCCAGAAAAGGCCUGCAGUCUGGCAAAGACGGCCUUUGAUGAAGCCAUUGCUGAGCUUGACACCUUGAACGAGGAUUCGUACAAAGACAGCACCCUGAUCAUGCAGCUACUAAGGGACAAUUUGACUCUGUGGACAUCAGAAAACCAGGGAGAUGAAGGGGAGACCGGAGAAGGGGAAAACUAAUGGAAUUGCACUGUUAAUCCACCUACACUCUUAUCUUAAAACACAGACAGCUUAUAUACACACCC